GUUGUUUUUUAAUUUUAAACAAAAAGUAGUUUAUUAUCGUUAAGCAAAAUUGACAUCUAAAGAACCUCAUUAUGUCGAUAGGGUUUUUAUCCACACGCGCUCUUAACGAUUAUGGUCGUCAUAGAAAAAAAUGUUUGGAGCCGAGAUCAAUUCUUGGUUUUUGUAGCUUACAUUCUGAAAUAAGAAUUAACAAAAAUGCAGUAAAUUUCGUUGAGUACAACAUUAAUGCUGGACAAAAGUGGUUUACGUUAACUGCUGAAGAUGGUAACAUAUUUACAUUUCCACUUAAGACGACACUGCCAAAAGUGCAAUUGGCACGAUUUGUGCCUCGAAAGCAGUUACCCAGAGAUGUAGAGGAAGAUCGUCGUAGACGCCUAUAUGCAACAAUAAAUUUAGAGGAAGAAUUAAAUAAGGUAGGCCUAGGAAGCAAAGAUCUGCAUCCAACAGAAGUUGAAUUCUAUGAUUUAGAUAAAGUAGAAGUCAAUCACCAUUUCCCAUUAAGUUUUUUUGAUAAUUUUGAGUAUGAUGUGCAUUCACCGGAAGCCUGGUUAAGUUUAGGUAUGAUCGGUGAUAAUCAGUAUCCAUUACCUGGGAAAGCUUAUCUACCCUCUAAGGGAAAUCCUAAAGCGUAUGAUUGGCAAUAUGUAGCAGUUUAUAGCUAUGAAUCGGCAACACAUCGUUGGCAUGUCAUUGCGCUACAAAGUGAUUGCGAGUACGAUGUACCAAAAUGUCAGCUUAUGUUUCUAGCAGAAAAUCCGGCCAUAUUUGCUAAACGUUUGGUUGACGCAAUUACGGAUCGUGAUAGAGGUGAAGCUGUCUAUGAUUUGCUAACUAUGGUUGAUAGUGCCGUACAUUUAGCUGUUCAGGAAGAAACACUACGCUUUCCACAAAAAUUUAACAAAUUAUUGCUUAGUAGACAUCAUGGCAGAAGAGCUUACUAUGGAUUAAUCAAUAUGGAAGUAAAACAAUUAUUUGAAUAUGUAAUGACCGCAUUGGAAUUUGGAAACUUUUUGAAUUCAAAACCAAAAGAUUUCUUACAGUAUGACAAAAAUCUUGUAAAAGUAGCACUACCUAGCCAUCACGUCUCCAUGCAUAGUAUAGAAGAAUAUUUAAAUAUGAAGGCGUUAAAUAUAAAUAUAAAACAAUUAAGGUAUAGUGUACUGAAGACCAUGCUCACCUAUAUUCCAGCUUCGGUUGAAGCAACCGAAGGGGCUGUCGUAGAGUGUGAAUUUAUUAACACAAUGUCUGUUUUUGUAACACAUUAUGCCAGACCGAUAACAUUACAUGAUUUUCUUAUGAGCCAACAUAAGAAUAGUAACAAUGUGGCAAUUUAUUUAAAAGAAAAAUGGCCUUAUCGUAUUUCUGCAAUUCUUGUAAUGAUAUUUCGUGCUAAUGGUAAGGGCUCGAUGGAUGUAACAUUGCGUAGAUGGGAUAUAUUCGAGUUAUUAAAAAUAUUCAAAUAUUUGAUACAAACAAAGUUGAGAAUGCAGGACACAAUUCAAAGUUUGCUAGAACGUUCGAUUAUCAAAUUUACAGAACUUUUAGUAAGCCCCUGUCUGCAAUUUAAGGGUAUGUCUCCGGAUUACGAAUGGCCACCAAAUGACUUUAUAAAUACACCCUUUCCAUAUGAAAAACCUGUUUUUUACGUAACUAUUGGUGUGUCACGUGAAACUGCUAAAGUUUUUUACUCAACACUUCCGGAAGAGUUCCAGCCAUCAAUUAUGGAUAUAUUCAAAGUUGCACUAAAUAAAACUAAUGCCAUACAUAUGGUUGAUCCAGAUACAAUGAGACACUUGCACUUUGCUCCAAAUCUUUACAUAUUAACUGUUGAACUUAUUGAAGACUUAUAUAUUAAAUGCAAUGCGCAGAUGGAUGAAGCCUACGGUCUUGCCAUUAUACCAUUGAUAGCCUAUUCCAAACUUUUCGAAAGAUUUAUAGAAUUCUGCUGUUUGGAUGUAGGUAAAUAUAUGAAAGCGUAUCAAGAGGCUGAUAAAACAUCUAUAACCGUAAAAGCUGAUAUUCUCGAACAUAAAAGGCAAAAGGAGGAAAUACGACGUAUAUUACCAGCUUUUAUUACGAUUGGACCAUUUUAUAUUAACGUUGAACAGUUAAAAACUCUUAUGGUUAACAAACAUAUAGAAAUAGUUAGAAAGAUUUUUGAAUUCUACGUACAUCGCAUGUUUGUAAUAAAUGAAGAGUUGCAAGAGCGUUGCAGGAGUACCUUUGAGAAAAUAGCUGAACGACCUCGGAGUAUAGAACAUUUGCUGGAGAUAAGAGAUUUUGGUGAAAACAUACCAACAGUUGUGGAAGGUCUGAGAAGUGAUAUACAGAUAAUGUGGCUGGAAUAUGAUAUGCUGGAUGGAUUUUUCUAUUGUUUAAGUGAUACACAAUUUGCUAUUAAAUGGGAUACGUUCGCUUGGCCGCAUAAGAUACUGCAACGGUUAGGAUAUUUGCGUGAGGAGCAAAAGUUGGAUUUGGAAGAGUUCAAACGUGUACAUAGUAGCGAAUGUAUACUAUUAGAGGAACGACUGGAAUCGUUAAAUGAUGAAAUUCAACAAUUUUCUCUGCAGUUUGAUCCUAACAAAGCUGUUGAAUCUACUGUUGAGGUUAAAAAAAUAUGGAAAACAAUAUCAGAUUUAGAAAAAAUGGGUGAUACCUUAAAAUUUCGCCAGAAAUUGUUUGAAUUAGAAGAUCUUUCAUUGGAGUUUUUAGAAAGUAUUAUAAAUAGUUUUAUACCAUAUCGUGAUUUAUGGUUCGGAACAACAGACUUUUUAAAAUUAGAAGAAGCAACAGUUGGAAAUCCUCUUUCACAAGUAGAAUUGGAUGAAGUAUGGAAGACUUUGGAGCAAAUACGUCACAGUUUGAAGAAAUCUUAUAAAAUUUUUAAUGAAAAACCCGAACUACAACAAGUUGCCUUGUUUUAUCUUGAUAAGAUUAAAGAAUUUAAGCCAGUUUAUGAUUGUAUAUCUUGGUUGAAGAAUGAAAAUUGGUUAUUAUUGCAUUGGUUGGAGUUGUCUCAAUUGACUGGUGUUGAUAUAAAAUAUAAUCCUAAUCUUAAUUUUCAAACAUGUAUACGAAAAGGUAUCUUAGAAGUUUUAGAUGUAGUCAAAUCGAUUUCGGAUAGAGCUCAAGUUGAUGCCGAAGAGUUAAGACGGCAGCAAGAAGAAGAAGAACGUUUAAAAGAAGAGGCGAGACUGGCUAUAGAAAUGAGAAAGGCUUUACGCAAAUGUCGUCGUGAUAUUAUGUAAAA